AUGAGUUCCUCAGAUAUCUCGAUCAUCUCGAAACAGAUGGAAUCAAUUUCGAUGACGACACACCGUGUUCUCCGUCGUAACAAGACCAUUCCUCCAGCCAGAUAUUCACCUUACAACAACACUACAGGGACUGAUUCCACCAAGGAGAAGCAGAAAGAGGAGGCUGUGCGACUAGGAGUCGAGCUCUCGAUCUUUGUGGCUGAAACAAUGUUUGUAUUAUCUGAUGACAUACGAUCUAUGUUAGUGUUCUGUUGUUACGUAUUCAAGUAUGCAGGGAACAAGUCUUACAACGGUCCUGUGUUCGGAAGGUACCCCCAAGUUUAUUUUGGAACGAGAAGUCUGGGUCUCAUUGUUUCGGUUCUCAAAAAAGGUGGCCUUGUGAAAUCGUCUUUUUUGGUACACUAUAAGCAAGAGCUGAAGAAGCUUGAAGAGAAGUUGAGGUCUGUCAAGGAUGUUUCAGAGGCGAAUGGGUUUGCGAGGGAAGCGAUAGAGUCUCACAUUGUACACUUGUGGAAGUCUCUCUUUGAAACAGCACCUGAAGUGAUAAACUCUAGCGCAAGAUUUCUUGAGUUGUUUGGGCUUGCCAUCAACGAAGGAAAGCAGCUUUCUUUCUGUCGCCGUCUAACUUCUUUACGCAUAUGA